UUUGAAUUGAAUGGUUUUAAUCAAAAAUAAAUAAUAAAUUACGUGAAGAUUACAGGAUCCGGCUGGCUACCGGCAGUGGGAUUAAAAUAUGGCAUUGUUACAUAAAAAACAAACUGAGAUACCAAAGGAUGCUGUAAAACUAACUGAACAGGAAGCGUUGAUUUAUUUCAUGAAAUUGGUCGACAAAUGGGAUGAUAAAUGGGAAAUAUGGCCCCUAGCAUACACCCCGGGAAUGCUGGGUGCAAGCACGGUCCUAUCUAGUUUGUACAUAAACAAUCACUACCGAUCGAAGCUGAAAUUGGGCACCUACGGUCGACUGUCCAGCUACAUACCGGCCGUUGUACUACCAGCCUUAAUGACCACUUUCUUCCACAAAUAUUUUGUGGUCCCUGAGGUGAUUCUUGGCAAACAGAAGUGUCCGGUUUGUAUCCAAACAAGAGCAGCUUUGAUCCAAGCUGGUUUCGGAACCAUUCAACCUAUGCUAAUGGCUCCGAUGUCUGCAUUUAUGUUUGCAACUCGCCAUUUCACGUUUCGAUUGCCCUCAAUUACCGAACAACCACGGGAAAUGUUGAAAGUAUACCAGAAACUUUCGCGACCGAUUAUGUCAGUGGUGACAGUAAUGUUAGCAUUCAAUGUGAUGGUUUCGAUGUUUUUAACCGCUAAAGAGUUCGAAGCAGUUUACAAUGUUAAUUUAAAGCUGGUGGAAAUGGAGAAAGAGUUGGAACAUAAUAGCUGGAACAAUAGUUAAUAACUGAGCGUUAAUAGGAUAGAGUAAUACAAUAAUAAAUAG